AGCGUCGUUUCCCUUCUCUGUUUCGACAACCCGCCCUGGAGGCCGCCCAAUUAUUUGCCAUCAAUCUAUUUUCAACUUCCACGCCAGGGGCGUUUUCUCUCUUUCUCUCAUGAUACCGAUGCAGUCGUGUCCCGUGUCCGGCAGUGCAGGCGGUCACUGCCCUGCUGGCUCAGUGGCGGGUCAGAGUAGAUCAAGCAGCCGCAUCGGACCACGGGGCUGUACCUUCUCCGGAUUCACGCAACCCGGCGAUAUCCACGCAGCUUUUGAUAUCCCCAGAGGAGUCGAUGCAGAAGAGUGGCUGCGGUUGAGAGAGCGCAAGUCUAUCAACGACGUCCUGUAUGCCAACAUCCCGUCCGUACAGGAGAUCAGCGGACUCAAAGAUCUCGAUGCCCUCAAUGCCGCCGAACAUGAUCUCCUCGCCGUUGCGCUCGGAGCCCCAGCGCGGCAGGUUAUGAUCCGGGCCGAGGACAUUGGUCCCCUCACCGGUUGGAAGGAUGGAUACCUCAGCGCCGAGCAUGGCUUCUGCCCGCCAGACUACAACGACUCGCCGGGAGCUCUUUCCAACUCCCCCGGCAGGAUAUGGACUGAUCUCUGCGACCGCAUGCCCGGCUGCGUCGCCAGAGGUCGUGUGCGAGAGUCCAUCGCUGCACUGCCAAUCGUCCAAGGGACCGAGGAAGUCAUCCCAGACCGCGCCCUUUGGGCUGCAAUUGUCGUGCUCGGCAUGUUGUGUUCCAUCUACCGGUACGAAGACAAACACGACGGAAGCGAGGGCGUCACGGUCAACGCCUCCAAGUACAAGCCCAGCUGCGAGAUGGGGGACGACCUCGGCGAUGAGCUUGUUGGGAUUCCCCGGAGCAUCGCCCUUCCCUUCUUUCAAAUCUCGCGCCGGAUGGGUAGAUCGAUUCCUCACCUGACCUUUGUCGACCAGACUUCCUACAACAUGAAGAUCAAGGACUCCUCCUCCACGUUCCCCUACGUCGGCCGCUUCGACAAUAUGGAGUCUCGCUGGCCCAUGUUUGGCGAGCAGAGCGAAAUGGCAUUCCAAAAGGGCUGCGCCGACACAUCAGCGUCCUUUCAACACGGCCCCGAUGCCAUUGCGAGCUGCCAGGAACAUGUCAUGAACCGAAACGUCGAGGGCCUCCUCCGCGAGAUGGUUCGCCUCAAGGAAAUCCUCGAGCGCAUGCCCAACGCAUUCCACUCCAUCAACCCCAAUCCCAACUCUGGGGAGAACUACGUGUCGGCCCACCGCUGGGUACGGUGGGCAAAGUUCUCUGCGCCCUUGAGCAAGAGGUGUCCUGCCUCGUCCGGCCUGCAGUUCCCGCCCUUCCUGGUCAUGGAUGCCUUCCUAGGCCGCAAGAAAUACGACUCGUUUCUGGGAGCCGAGGGUCUUCAUCUGCGGGCUUGGCUACCCUCCAAUCUGAGGGCCUUCAUUGCCGCUAUCGAGUACCACUACCGGAUCCCCGAGUUCGUCAAACAGUCUGGCGAUCCUAGGCUGAUGGGUGUACUCGAUGGCAUCGUCGAGGCCUAUACCGGCGAGAGGGGAUUCAUGGGCACUCACAGAUACAAGGUCUUUGGGCUUCUCGAGGUUGCCGGGAAAACGGGACGGUCCGAGACCAAUGGCAUGUCUGGCGCUCCCGAUGCAAACUCUCGGCCGUGGGAAGAGACUCACAAGCAGUUCUCUGCCGCCAUGAAGGAACGCCUUGAGCCGUUCCGCGGAAGCAUCUCGGUUGAGCCUCACGAAAUGCGUGGCACAUUUGAAGAAUGCCGUUACAAGUCCCGCGUUCUCAGCCGUUCGUUUGUCAACACGGACCCAGCCAGGUCGAUUGCCAUGGUGACACUAGAUAUCCAGAACACGGGCAUUACCUUCCAGCCGGGAGACCGGCUGGCAGUCAUGCCGCUGAACACCUGGACGGAAUGCGCCAAAGUUGCGGCCGCCCUUGGGCUGGUGGACUAUCUCGACGUCAAGGUCACGCUGAACACUAAAUGGCAACGGUUCGCCCAGCACUUGGGAUCUGUCUCACGCACGGAACCCCAGGAACUAACAGUAAAGGACAUCCUGAGGCGUGGCCAUCUCGCACCCAUCACCAAGGAGCUGGCCCUGAAGAUUCACGACAUGCUGCGGGCAUCGUCCAACACCGUGCUCCAGGUUCUUGCAACCGAAGAGUGGCCGGUUCGAGGCUCCCUCGGCGACCUCCUUCAAGCCGCUGUGGCAGACACCAACCCCCACAUCUGGGACCGUGCAUUCGACCUCGCCGGUGAUCUUUCGUGGCUGGCCGACAUGAUCCCGGUCGAAAUACCGAGGACGUACUCGAUUUCCAACUACUCGCAGGAGUUGCUGCCUUCAACCGUCGACCUCACAGUCUCCCGGGCCGAGUUCAAGCUCUGCACCACAUUCGCCGGCAAUAGCGAUGUGACCUGUGCUGGUGUUGGGAGUGGAUUCCUGAACCCGCCCUUGUCAUCCAGCCCGGAGCUUAUCGAGACAGACGAGGAUAUUCUCAUUGGAGUUUCGCGGCCUCUCAACUUCCAACUCCCUCUGGACCCUGCUGCCCCUUGCGCGUUCUUUGCCGGAGGCAGCGGCAUUGCACCGUUUCGCAGCUUCUGGCAAGCUCGACUUACCUCGCGUGACAAUGCCACCGGCCGCGACCUUCUCUAUUUUGGCGUCCAGUCCCGAGAAAAGUUCUGUUACGAGGACGAGCUGCGGGACUAUGUCGAUGCAGGCCUGAUGGAAGUUCACCUCGCAUUUUCGCGGGACUCUCGCGGUCUUGUUUAUGACCGGCGGACCAACAGCCUGGUGGAAAGGGAGAUGCCGCCUCGUUAUAUUGACGCCCUGAUCGUGGAGCAGUCGACAGCGAUAUCUGAGCUGGUCAUGUCAAAGAAGCAGGGGGGUUUCGGCGGCUAUCUCUACGUCUGUGGCUCAGUUGCCGUCUUCGACUCCGUCAUGAACGGCAUCCGCAAGGCCAUAUACAACCACUGCAGCGCCACCAUGGAAACCUCGGACAUGAUCAUCAGCAAGGCGUUUGCCGAGCGCCGCUUCAUGUUGGAUGUCUUCAUGACCCCCAAGCCUCUCCCCUGCAACCUCCCCACAAUCCCCCUCUCCCAGCUCGCUCGCCACACUGGCCACCGCCCGGGCAGCCGCAUGUGGAUCGGCGUGCACGGCAGCGCCUACGAUGUGACGGACUUCAGUCCAAUGCAUCCCGGCGGCAACCUCAUCAUCAAGUCCAACGCCGGCGUGGACUGCUCUAGGUCGUUCGACAGCCUUGCACAUACCAACAACUCGGAAGUCAACAGCCUUCUCACGAAAUACUUUGUCGGCCAGCUGACUCCCAAGCCCGACUUCCCCGGCUGUCCUGAACUGGGCAGCUUGUAUGACCUCUGGGCAGACUACCUUCGGGCGACGGUGGAGACGCUCGUGGCGCAUCAGUUCGAGAUGCACGAGAUUAUGGGGGCGAAUGAUGACGGGACCAGCGACAAGUUCUUCCGGGGCGCCGGUGACGUCUGGUCCCGUGAACACCUCAUGAACAUCGGCCUUGGCGUGCGCACGUUCUACCAAUACCAGUCGCGGCUCCUCCAAGGGGGCUUCGCCGCGCUGUUCGGCCCCAAGCUGCAGGGGCUUGUUCUCAAGCUGUCGUUCACCCUCGCCGAUGCCGCACCCGGCGGGGCCGAGAUGCGGCUCCCCGACGUGCUCAACAUGAUUGCCCGCGCAAAGACGUCGCCCGACGCCAUCGCAACGUCGCAGGAGGUGGCGCUGAUCGGACAGUUUGUCUCUGACAACAACAGCAACGUUCGUUUUGCCGAGCGGGGCAUCUUCAAGUACGCGGCCAAGACGGUGGAACUCGACAUUGAGCUCCUCGAAGACAUACGCGAAGAGGCGUGCCACGGCAUGGACGCAUUUGGCAGCGUUAUGGCAAUGGACGCGCAGAGCGACGAGCAGCGCGUCAACGUACUCGCCACUUUCCUGCUGCAGACCCUCGAGCGGAUGGCAAAGAGGCUCGAGGUCUUCUACGCCAAGCUCGCGCAGAACAAGAUCUACCAGCCCGAGAUCGAGCACAACCCGGCGAGGACGCGAUGGAGCCUGGUGCGCCGCAAGAUCCGCGACGGGUCCUUUUUCGUCCUCACGCAGGAGACGGUACUCGGCGCGGCGCCGGCAUACGUGUCGGCACAGAACCGGACGGGCGGCGUCGAUUUCGACGGCGUCAUGAGUCGCAUCCAGGCGAGCAUCCGCAGCGCCGCCCCCGCGGUUGACAUGGCGCCGCGGACGCUGACUGCCAUGCACCUCGCGCGAGCGGCCGCGCCGACCGCCGAGACGAAUGCGAUGGCGACGUACGAGAACAACAGCGCCGUGCGGGCCAUGUCGACCUUUAUCGACGCCAACCGGCGCUCCAUCCGCCGGCUAAGCAAGAUGCCGCCCGUGCCGAUGUCGUUCGAGCAGCUGCAGGCAGCCGUGGAGCGGCAGGAGAGGCUGGCGGGCCGGCCUCCGACGCCGCCGUCGAGCAUAUCGGGCCAGCGCCCGCAGCGCCACGUCGCCGAGGGCAGGUCACACAGCGCCACGUCUCUCGAAAGAAUGAUGGCGCCUCAGAACGGCAGGGCGCUGAACACGAGGAUGUCGCCGUUCCCUUCCAUCGCCGAGGCGCGGACGAGCACGAACGCGUUCGGCAUCGCUGCAGCAGCCCACCACCACCACCAAGGCAUUCGAUCGCCGCCCACGCCGCCCCUUGACGCGGCGGCAGCCAUGACCGCCAUGAUGGGCAAGCUCAAUACCCGGGCUAGAGGCAACUCGAUCCCACCUUCCCCGGCACUGUCGGCCGCCAGCUCGACCAGCGACAGGGUGGUAAUGGCGCGCGGCAGGCCCACGCGGUCCAUGAGCACCAGGUCCGUCCCGCCGCUGCCGCAGCAGCAGCAGCAGCAGCAGCAGACCCAUUACGCCCACGAGAAGAAGCUGUCGACCACCUCGCUGAGGGCGUUCAAGCUGGGCAGCGCCGGGCUGGAUCGGCCCGCGGCCAAAGUUGCGCCCACGUUUUGAAGUCGGGUUUACCUUGCAUUGGCAGGGAAUGUGGACACCUUGGUUUCUUUCGUUUUGUGAAUGGCGGGUCUAAAAGUUUUUGUGAUGCACUUUCUGUACAUAUCUGGCUCUAUGAGCACAAGGAAUGAAAUAAUUUUGUUCCCGUACUAUAAACCUCGGCCGCUGAGAGACGUCUCGUGGUAGUUAAUGGGCCACCUUCUCGUUUUCCCUCGCUUUGUGUACUUAUGGCCCG